AUGUCAUUUAGAACUUUGACACCGGAUUUAUAUGGUUCGAAAAAGAAAACUGAUCUACCAAUAUUUAAUAAACUAUCACCAAAGAAACAUUCAAGUAGGUUACUUUUAAAAAGAAUACUUUACAUAAUAAUUGCUUUGAUUAUAUCAUAUACCAUAUAUUCAAAAUUCAUAAUAAGUCCGAAUUUACCACUAAGUCAAAAUUUAAACGUAAACAGUGAACAACAACAACAGCGACAACAUCAACAACAAUCACAAGAAGAUGCAGAAAUAUAUAGAGUAACAAAGGAAGGAGUAGAGAUACAAGAUGGAGAACAAAUUCAACAGCAACAACAACAACAGGAACAACAGCAACAACAGGAACAACAGCAACAACAGGAACAACAACAACAACAACAACAAGUCAUACUAAACCCUGAUGAAAUAUCGAAUGAAGAUUUAAGAAAGAGUAAUGUUGAGUAUUAUGAUUUAAAUGAUUUUUCAGGUUCAUCUGAUGGAAAUCAAAAAGGAGAUAAUGUACUAUUUUUAAUGCCUUUAAGAAAUGCUGAACACGUUUUACCGAUGGCAUUCUAUAAUUUAAUGAAUUUAACUUAUGACCAUUCUUUAAUUGAUAUUGCAUUUUUAGUAUCUGAUUGUUCACCAGAUGAUACUACUUUAGAAACUGUAUUUAGAUAUUCCGUUGCAUUACAAAAUAGUACUUUAGUUGAUUUAUUAAAACAAGAAGAAGACUCCAAAAAUGGUCAACAAGUUAAAGGUUCAAAUGAUUUAUAUCAAUCUUAUAUGGAACCUUCUUAUAUGGAAGGAGUUAAAAAGGCUUAUAGUAAUCCUGAAACUCAUCAUAAAAAUUAUAGAACUCCAUUUAGAUCUGUAACUAUAUAUAAAAAAGAUUUUGGUCAAGUCAUUGGUCAAGGUUUUAGUGAUAGACAUGCUGUUAAAGUACAAGGUAUAAGAAGAAAAUUAAUGGGUAGAGCAAGAAAUUGGUUGACUUCUUCUGCUCUAAAAGCUGAUCAUUCCUGGGUUUAUUGGAGAGAUGCUGAUAUUGAGACUUGUCCUGGUAAUGUUAUAGAAGAAUUAAUGUCUCAUGAUUAUGAUGUAAUGGUCCCCAAUGUUUGGAGGCCAUUACCAACUUUUUUAGGUAAUGAACAACCUUAUGAUUUAAAUUCAUGGAUCGAAAGUGAUGCAGCAUUAGAUUUAGCAAAAACUUUAGACGAAGAUGAUGUUAUAGUUGAAGGUUAUGCUGAAUAUCCAACUUGGAGAGCUCAUUUAGCUUAUAUAAGAGAUGCAAGUGGCAAUCCAAGAGAAAUUGUUGAUUUAGAUGGUGUUGGAGGAGUAUCAAUAUUAGCAAGAGCAAAAAUUUUUAGACAAGGAGUUCAUUUUCCUGCUUUUACAUUCUUAAAUCAUGCGGAAACUGAAGCAUUUGGUAAAAUGGCAAAAGAAAUGGGGUUUAGAGUAGGAGGAUUACCUCAUUAUACAAUCUGGCAUAUUUAUGAACCAAGUGAAGAUGAUUUACAAAAGAUAUCAAAACUAGAAAGAAGUAGAAGAAGAAAAAAAGGUAAUUGA